CCCCUUCUUUCUCUUUCUCUCUCUAAAACUUUUUUCUUAACCAGUCAAGCUUUUUUCUUUCUUCUCCGACAAAUAUUUUUCUUAAAGCCCUAAAGCGUUUCGAAACUUUCGUUUUUUUAUUUCGUUCGUUUCGAAAAUCAUGCGUUAACUGGCUUUUGAAGCCAGAUUGAGGUUGAUUUUCAAAGUCGAUAUGUAUGAGUUUCGUGGUUCAGCAUAUGAGGGUAUGCAUUCGUCAUCACUAGUCUACUUGAAUCUGUUUGAUUGGGGCCGUUCCUGUGAAUAGCGAUAAUGCUUGAUGGUAGAGGGUUGGUGGAACAAAAUAACCAUAUGUGUUUUGAGCAAAAGCAAGUGAGUACUGGAGUAGUGGGUGAAGGGCAAGGUUUGGGAUCAUCAGAGGAGGAUGAGUCAAGAAUUAAUGAGGUAACUGAAGAUGUAAGCAAUGGGCCUAGAGGGCCGAUUCAGGUCCACAAUGGGUUGCAGAUACUGCAACCUCAACCUCAACCUCAAGGGCCUGUGGUAUGUUGGGAGAGGUUUCUUCCUAUUAGAUCUUUGAAGGUUCUUCUGGUGGAAUAUGAUGAUUCUACUCGCCAGGUUGUCAGUGCUCUGCUACGGAAUUGCAGUUACGAAGUUACUGCUGUUGCUAAUGGUCUUCAAGCAUGGAAAAUCUUAGAAAAUCCAACUAAUCAUAUCGAUGUUAUCCUAACAGAGGUAGUCAUGCCUUUAUUAUCUGGAAUAGGUCUUUUAUGUAAGAUCAUGAGACACAAAUCUCUCAAGAAUAUUCCCGUGAUCAUGAUGUCAUCUCAUGAUUCCAUGGGGAUAGUCUUUAAGUGUCUAUCAAAGGGUGCAGUUGAUUUUUUAGUGAAACCUAUUCGGAAGAAUGAACUUAAAAACCUCUGGCAGCAUGUUUGGAGGAGAUGCCACAGUUCCAGUGGCAGUGGGAGUGAAAGUGGGACACAGACUAGAAAAUCUGCAAAAUCAAAAAGUAAUGAUGAGUCUGACAACAAUACUGGCAGCAGUGAUGAGCGUGAUAAUGGAAGUAAUGGUCAAAGUAUUCGGGAUGGGAGUGACAAUGGAAGUGGAACUCAGAGUUCAUGGACCAAAAGGGCAGCUGAUGUUGAAAGCCCCCAACCAAUAUCACCUCCAGAUCAAAUGGCUGAUGCUCCUGAUAGCACCUGUGCCCAGGUGAUUCAUACAAAGCCUGAAAAAUCUAGCAACAGGUGGGUGCAUAUUACUGAGCCAAAAGAGUACCCAGAGCAGGACCAGAAACUUGAUCUGAAAAUAGGUGUAUGUAAAAAUCCAGAUUUGCCCGGUGAAUGUCAACAUGAGAUGUUUUCUAUCCAUCUGACAAGCAGAAGGCAGAAUAACUUGCCUGAAGUAGAUAGGAAGCCAUUUGAUAGUAGUCAGCUGGAGCACAGCAGUGAGAAUGUAACCAGCAAACCAAGAAAUCAAUCUCCCGAUGUAGCUGGUGUAACUGUCAAUUUUACUAAACAACAGGCCGAAAGCAGAGACUUUACCACUCCAAAUAGCCUCUCUGAUAUCUCAAAAAUUGAAGCAAAUUGUGAUUCUAGAGAACUGCCGUCCCUUGAACUAACUCUGAAGAGGCUGAGAGAAGAUGUUGGAAAUGUUGCACAUGAUGAUCGCAAUGUUCUAAGACAUUCGGACCUGUCAGCAUUCUCAAAAUACAACACCGCCUCUUCUGCUAAUAGGGCUCACACUGGGAAUGUAGGAAGCUGUUCUCCACUUGAUAAUAGCUCAGUCACACUGAAUACAGAAACAAGGCACAAUUUUUCUUCUCAUUCGAGUGGCACUCUUCCAAAUCAGCAGUCUAAUGAGAGUAGCAACAACAAUGAUGUGGCCUCCACCAAUAAAUGUACUAUUCCAAAGACUGAAGUGUUAAACGAGAAGCCAGAAUCCAUAUCGGCAUUCAAAUCUUUUCAUUCUUCUGCAUUCCAACCUGUGGAGAAUGGUUUUGUUUGUUCAUCUCAGCAAGUAACACCUGGGAAGGCAGCAGAUUUGGGAGCAAACACGGUUAAAGCCCAAACGAGAGGUUCUCAACAGCAGGUCCAAGUUCAGCACCACCAUCACCACCACCAUCAUUAUCAUCAUCAUGUCCACAACAUGCAGCAGCAACAACUGCAACCAGACCAUGACGAUCACUCCCUGAAGAACAUGGCUGCAACUGCUCAGCAAUGUGGAUCAUCAAAUGUGUUAGGACUGGUUGAAAGUAAUACUGGAAACUAUAGUGUGAAUGGAAGUGCCUCUGGAAGUAAUUAUGGGAGCAAUGGACAGAAUGGAAGCAGCACUGCCUUGAAUCCUGGAGUAACGAAUGUGGAAAGUGACAAUGGGGCAGCUGGAAACAGUGGAGCUGGUGGCAUUAGCAGGAAAAACAGUGGAAGUGGAGCAGAUGAAGGGCGGGUUGCACAUAGAGAGGCUGCCUUAAACAAAUUUCGUCAGAAAAGGAAGGAGAGAUGCUUUGAAAAAAAGGUUCGAUACCAUAGCAGGAAAAAACUGGCAGAACAACGGCCUCGUAUACGGGGACAAUUUGUUCGACAGAUAUUGUCUGACACUAAAGUAGGAGAAGACUGUCAGAGCAAUGACCCGAUGUCUGGGGAUAAUUCUUGUGACAGUGCACAAUAACACGAGCUAGAGUGCAGAUUGCUAACCCUUGUUCCGGAGAAUGCUUCUACGUUUAUGUACAUGAGACUAGCGCUAGCUGUGAAAGUAGAGGAGGGGUGUUGGAUUUGCACUUGAGGAUUUGUGGGUAAUGGUGUACUAUAUUUGUGUGAAAAUAAACAUUUAAUUAUAAAACUUUAAGAACCUGCUUCAGACUUUAUGUUGUGGUUGUAAAAUUUGAUGUGUCCAGUGUCCACAAAGUGGUUACCCUUGAAUGGGUUAACCUCUCUAAGAAAUAUAGGUGUCAUGUGGUGUGCUGUCUUUCCAUUUUUGGUUUGUUUUUCAAAACUUCAGAGUAAUGGGUCACAAUAUUUUCACUAC